UUUCUGUAAUUGUUUUUUUCUAUAGCAGCGGCAAGUCAGGGAAAUUGUAUUUCUGGAUCCAUAACCUCUGCGGAUUUGGCUCUAGUUCAUUUUGCAGCACCAAUUUAUUUAUUUUUUAUUAAUGAACUUUAUCUGCUGUAUUUGUAAUGGGUACCCAAAUAUCGUGCGUUGAAAACAUUGAAAGUUUCAGUUACCCUUUUCCAAACUGUUCUACAUGCCGUUAAAGAAUAUUGCAAAUUCAUUGAACUACUUUUCUUUUACAUGAAAUUCAAAUUUUUGUUUAAAAAUUUACAGAUGUGCGUGCAGAUAAUUUUGUAUUUAAUUCUCCGUAUUUCCCAUUUGUUAUAGCAGGAAUUGCAGUGAAGAUACCGCUGCCAUGAGCGUUUCCCCUCCCAUCCUUCGUAUCCACUUGAUCUUUUGACCUGUCACCCUCAAGUACAUUUACCGGCAUUCAGACAGCCUAACCACCCACUCUUUAAUUUGUCUUUUGCUUUGUAUUCACGCUCGAGGGGCUCUGAAUGGGAGGCCCUUUGUGUCUGCGCACUGGAUGUAAUGCAUGGGAAAUGGUGGAUGGAGCCGGCGCGAUUGGCCACACGCCGCCACGGAGAGAGGAAGGCACCCAUCUGGAAAUGGCUGCUGUGAAGAUGUGGCUGCUCGGUGUUUGUUAUGUAUCCCUUCAGCCACCGGUGGCCGACAGGUUAUUGAUUAAACACAAAUUGGAUACAGAAACCAAUUAUUGCAUUGUGUUGCAGUGUGGUUUGAUCCAACGCUUUGUAUUGAGUGUGGGGCCUGUAAUGGCUUAGGACAGGAGAAGAAGAGCUGGAGAGAGGAGGACAAAGAAUGAAAGGAGUGUAUGUAUGAAAGCAUAUUAUAUAUGUACACAAACAUUUUUCAGCUAUUAUUAAUUUUACAAUCUGCUUUUUCGCCCCACUACAGCAACAUGGCUCUAGGGAUGGCAGUCUCUGUCUGCUUGUUGCUCCUGACUGAAUAUCUAAUGACAUCCAGGAGAUCCAUUCGUGAUCUUAGAGGAUGAGUCAUGCGGACUUUGCUGAUCCUCUGAUCCUCUUAGUGUGGUGAUGUUAGCAUUUAGCUCAAAGCACAGCUAUGUUUUAUUAGCACUUAAGCGUGUACUCCCGGUUAGAAUUCCUUCAGUGUUCAUUAUUCAGGAGGUUUAUACCAGGAGCUGCACCAAGACAAACAGAUCAUGUGAUAGAUAGAUAGAUAGAUAGAUAGAUAGAUAGAUAGAUAGAUAGAUAGAUAGAUACUUUAUUGUCCCCGAAGGGAAAUUUGUCUUUGACUCCAUGAGCUGAGACAAGCUGCCGCCAUAGUUAGAAUUACAGAAGGAGAAGACAGGUAAAGUUGCACAGUUGCACAACAGAAUAACAACAGAGUUGCACAUUUGCGCAACAAAUACACAGAUAAACAAAAGUUGCAUGUGAUUAAAACCAGUAAAAACACUGAAGUAGUUUAAUGUUCUAAAUCAGCGUUCCUCCUAUACGCUUUUCAGCUUGUCCCAGAUGGGCCACUAGCCAAGCACCUCGCAAUGUCUGCUCGCCGUUUCUCUCAGAUAACUUUAGAUCCAAACGUUCAGAAAGUGUUUACCAGGAGUCGAAAUAUCCGCAGAGGCCUCUUGCUCUUUGAAAUAAAUGGACCUGGUAAUUGAAACUGGUAAAAACACUGAAUAAAUCUGUGUUUCUCCUACACACUAGCCCAGCACUGCAAAUGCCUACUCACCUUCUAACCCAGCACUGCAAAUGCCUACUAACCUUUUCCCUCUGUUAACUUAAGAUCUAGAUGUUCUGCAGGUUUUAACCACGAGCUGAGGUAUCUACAGAGGUCUCCUGCUUUGCAAAACAAAAGGACCCGGUGAUUUAAGCUGACCCAGAUGUUCAGGAGGAUUUUACGAGGAGCCGAGUUAUCCGCAGAGGUCCCCUUCUUUGCAAAACAAACGGACCCGGUGAUUUUAGCUCUUGGAAAAACUGACUAAAGCAUUUCCACGGUAAAAAUCUGCGUUUUUCUGACGCUGCUCGGCUCAUCGCUGGGUGCUGCUAACUACGGUGGCCCUAUUCUAGAGCCAGUAUUCAGUUACAACAUGGCAAACUCCGUGGACGAGGGCCUGCUCCCCACGUGUAGAUAUUAAUGGCUCAUUCUAUGGUAAGAAAAAAAUGACAAUUGUUAAUGUUACACACUAAAGAAAACAUACUUUUAUAAUAUAUUCCAUUUCUGCCAAAAUAUCCCUUUAAUUCCUGUAAGCUGGACCUUUAAUGUUAAACGUGUUCUACUUAAGAUGAUAGGCUUGUUGCAACUAAGCUAAUGUUAAUGUAGGAAGGUAAGAAGACUAUAUUCUGAAAAUAGCUAGCUGUAGACUUUUAAGUCCUGUUUUAAUAAUAAUAAUAACUUUAGAUUAAAGUCUCUGGAUCCCUCUCUUUUCUGGCCAUGCUAACUUUCCACCUGCAUAUUUCUGCAUGAUCUCUCCUCCUGCCUAACCCUCCAUUAUCUCCUGAUCUUCUGCUCAUUAUUGCCCCCCAACAGAAACAAUCUAUGCUCCUUGCUAUCACCCUGUCUGCUUGGCUGCUGCAGUGCCCGGGCUCACCGACAGAGGGGGACAAACACAAGGCUGUCCGGAUGGAGAGUUGGUGUAACACUGUCUUAAGCCUGAGGGGGGCAGAAUGCCGGAGCAGAGCAACGACUAUCGUGUGGUGGUGUUUGGGGCAGGGGGAGUGGGUAAGAGCUCCCUGGUCCUGCGCUUCGUGAAGGGCACCUUCAGGGACACCUACAUCCCCACUGUUGAGGACACUUACCGCCAGGUGAUCAGCUGCGAUAAGAGCGUGUGCACCCUACAGAUCACCGACACCACAGGGAGCCACCAGUUUCCUGCCAUGCAGCGUCUGUCCAUCUCUAAAGGCCACGCCUUCAUCCUGGUCUACUCCAUCACGAGCAAACAGUCCCUGGAGGAGCUCAAACCCAUUUACCAACAGGUCUUGGCCAUAAAGGGCAACGUUGAGGCCAUCCCCAUCAUGCUUGUGGGCAACAAGAGCGAUGAGACUCAGCGGGAGGUGGAGACCAAGGACGGGGAGGCCCAGGCCAACCAGUGGAAGUGCGCCUUCAUGGAGACGUCAGCCAAGACCAACCACAAUGUUACUGAGCUCUUCCAGGAGCUCCUCAACCUGGACAAGAAGAGGAACAUGAGCCUCAACAUCGACGGCAAGCGCUCAGGGAAGCAGUCCCGCGCCGAGAGACUGAAGGGCAAAUGCAGCGUGAUGUAAAUCCCGGAGAGGAGGAGAGUGGAGGUGGAGGUUGAAAGAGGCAGGGGAGGGGGGGAGAAAUUCAGAGAAAAGGAGGAAAAGAAGGAAGACAGAGGAGCGAGAGGAGGGACUUAACGUAUCACUGAGAGCAAAACGUCUGGAAGGCAACGGGAAUCUCAUCAUCCGCAUCCUCCUCCGUUUGACUGGUGCAUUCACAAACACAGUUAUUUUGAAAACAUACAGGAUUUCAGUUUUGGAGCUUUACACCCAUGUGCAUUCUGCUAAAAGGAGGGAUGAGGGAGGAUGAUGCAGAAUAUCGAGAGGCAAAUUGAAAACAAGAAGUGUGUGCCACAGAUUAAUUACCUGUGGACGACAGCCAUAGCCGGAAACAGCGUGGGUGUGGACUUUUGCAUCAUUAAAGUGCCACAAAUUUUGGCUGAGGAGCUGAUGGAGACGUUGGACUGCAAUAAAAACCACAGACUGCAGCACCCCUUUGAAAAAAAGACUGAAGGUUUCUGAUCCAUUUAAUGUCCUCUCUCAGUUCUGCAUCCAACCCCUCCCUCCCUGCUCAGCUCACACCCCUCGUCAUCCCAGCACCCUCAUCCUUUACAUACCCCCCCUACUAUAACAAAUAUAGAGUAAUGUAAAUGUAACAGAGUUGACAACGUUACUUAAGCUCACUCAUCUGGUUAGAAACACUAUUUUAACAGACUGAGGUGUCCGUCAUGCUAGAAGGCGCAGCAACCAAAGGUUUAAGACUGCGAGCGUGAACGACAUUACAGCAGCAGAACAUGCGAACCAGCUACGUCCCAGAGCCACACCUGAGGACUCUGAUGUAUAUAAACAUGGGGUAUUUAAAUAUAUUCCAUCUAGUCUACACAUGCCCCGCCAAAAUCAGCCACAGGAAAGAGGUCUUCUCAUUUUAAACUGCCCCCCUUAAAGAUAAAAAGACCCUACUUUACCUUUAUCAAGCUGUCGUUAUGUUUAAAAACUCAUCAUAAAUGUCCUCAUCUGAAGUGGAGAAGCAUCCAGCGGCAGGGUAUGCACACACACUACUGAUACGACGCAACAAUCCUUUUAAGACUCUCAUCUAGUGUAGAAUAGCUCUGGAUGAAAAGAAGCUGGACUCUCAUCAAACGCGGGAAACAGAAAUACAAGUCUGCCUUGUUUACGAGGAUAAUACACUCGGAUAAUCAUUGCCAAGCCGGUAAGACGAAAGGGAUGAUUUUGGGUUCCGAAGUCAAGAAUGUCAGUUUGCUUUGGCACUUUUCACGUGAAGGUUUCUCUUCUUUUGCCUUUUAUUUCUUGUUUUUUUAUUAUUUUUUUGCUUUACAAUGCUCUUUAAAGUCAUGUAAGAGUCAGAAAAAUGCCCUCCUUCAACAAAAAGCACACAGAGGGGAAAUUCUAAAUAAAUAAGGGAUGGAUGUAAAAUUGCUCCCGUGCAGAUUUUUCAGUGCGACCUGAAUCACUUAAUUCUGUUUCCUCUUUGUUGGUUGGUUUGGUCGUGUCACCUCUCAUAUGCUCGUGCAGGCAUUGGUAAACAGGAAACAGAAUGGGUCACACAUACACACACACAGCAUGUGCACAGAUGCAUUCAUGCAAGUAAGAAAAAGAAUCUGAGUAACACCGUUGACUGAUUACAUGAAGACAAACAGGGCUCACUCACCCUCAAUGCCCUCACAUUGCACUUUAUAUCAUAAACACACACCCACAUGCACACACACAGAUGUAAUUUGUCAUGUUUUUGCUUAUGUUAUGUAUUAAUAAUCUCUGCUUAAUAUCCUCCUGGAGCAAUAGCUCUGCUGUAUGUCCAAUGUACAUGUAUACACCCUUUUUUUCCACACAGGAGCUCUGAAUAUUGUACACAGUGUACACAGGACAGCCAAAAGCACAAUACUUUUUUACCAACAUAUCUAUUUGUACAUUUAUUUGUUUAUUUUUUAUAUGUUUUUCUUCCUUUUUUUGUCUCCUUUGUGCAAUUCUCAUCAUUAACAUUUAUUCACCAGUCCUGAACGUGGAGGAACAAUCGCAUCAUGAUCACCGGUAGCUUCUCCGUCUCGAUGUAAAGUGUUUUAUUUGUCCCGUACAUGGCACAAUGAGGUUGUGGUUCUGCUGAACAACAGGGUAAAUCGUGAUGUGACAGGUUAGCUGUGGAGUGCGAGAAAUGGGACGUAACCCCACAGGAUUGCAGGUCAUAUAGGACGCAGAGGAGGGUCAGAUUAUUUGUGUACUUUUCUCCAUCUCUCAGGCGGUUUUAACAACAAUUUGGGUGGAGGAUAAUCUGCUCCUGUACUGUUAAACCCAAAGAACACAGAUGAUUCCCCUUUUAACUGUGUGUCCAUCUCUCUGGAAAAAAAAAAAGAAAAGCACAGCAACUGUUUCCGUCUGUCUCCUUCUCUGUCUUUAUGUGUGCAGCAGAAUCAACAACUGGGCACUUUAGGGUGACAUUUUACUUGAAGACUUGCUUAUUAAUCAGCGAUGCCUCAUUUAUAAGCACCAUGUAAAAUGUCCCUCCUGCAUUACUCACGCCCACAGGCCCACGUGAAAACUAUUUCAAACGUGUAGUUAUUGUAAAUAAAGCAUACGGUAGUUGAAUGAAAUGUUUAUAAGAGCUUCAAGUAAGAUGUUACCCAUGUAAAGAAAAUCUGUACCCACUGUCUUUCUGGGAAUAAGUCCUUUGUAACCAGGAAAUGUUGUUACAGUAGGAGGUUCGAUGUUGCUAUGUACUGUAAUAUACAGCUUACUAAUGAUGCUCAUGAUAUAUUGUAUUUGACACAUCCACUCUUCAGAUCUAUCAAUCAGAUAAUACUAGCAAAAUGUGAAUAUGUAACUAAAGGUUCAACUCCAUGGCUUUUUUAAAAUUUUAUUUUGAAAGCUGAAUGAAUCCGUUGUUAUCGAUGUGUUGUACUUUGCACUAAUGUGAGGUCCUGUUAAACUCAAAAGUUUGCAUUGUAAAAAUGUACCCUUUACCCGUUAGAUGCCAGGGAUGCUCACUAGUACUCUUUAUCCUUCUUCUUCUUCUUCUUUUUUUCCAUCAUUUAAAGAAACAAGUUGUGUUUGAAAUUGUUUGUCUUGGUUUGUUUUAGAUGCCAGAAGGAUGGAGUGAUUUAUGUCAUUUGUGUCCAUUUAAAGACAUGGAUGGAUUACUGAAUGGACCUACCGGGCACAGGCUCCCAGGCCCCCCUCCCCCCUGGCUUUCAGCUCAAAAAUGCGUCUUAAUUAACAGGUACCGACCACAAAGACACUCAAAACAACCCCAAAGAGACACAAUGACAACAAAAAGAGACAAACCGACUGCAGAGAGAUGAUAAAUGGCUGCUAACUACAAAAAGGGGCGAUGCAAACUACAAAGGGAUCCAAAUGACGACAAACAGACUUAAACUGACUACAAAGAGGCAAAAGGCAACUACAAAGAGACUCAAAUGGACUACAAAGAGACACUAAAUGACAAGUAGACAUAAAAUGAACAUUAGGGCAUGAAAAGCAACUACAAAGAGACUUAAACUGACUACAAAGAGGCAAAAAGCAACUACAAAGAGACUUAAACUGACUGCAAGGAGGCAAAAAGCAACUGCAAAGAGACUCAAAUUUGCUACAAAGAGACACAAAAUGACCACAAGUAGACACAACAUCAACACAAGGGCAUGAAAAGCAACUACAAAGAGACUUAAACCGACUUCAAAGAGGCAAAAGGCAACUACAAAGAUACUUAAACUCACUACAAAGAGACAAACAACUACAAAGAGACUCAAAGUGAAUAGAAAGAGAUACAAAAUGACCACAAGUAGACGCAGCAUGAACACAAUGGCAUGAAAAGCAACUGACUACCUAGAGGAUAUAGGCAACUACUAAGAGACUUAAACUGACUACAAAGAGGCAAAAGGCAACUACAAAGAGACUCAAAGUGACUACAGAGACAAAAAGCAUCUACAAAGAGAUUCAAACUGACUACAAAGAGACAAAAGGUAACUACAAAGAGACUCAAACUGACUACAAAGAAACAAAAGGCAACUACAAAGACUCAAACUGACUACAAAGAGACAAAACGCAGCUACAAAGACUCAAAAUUACCACACAAAAAUUCAUAGCAACUAUAAAUACACCCAAAACGACUACCAAUAGAUGAAAAACAACUGCACAAAGACACAAAGCAACUACCAUAGAAUCAAAAUGACCACAAAGAGAGACAAAACCUGACUUCAAAGAGAUGCAAAGCAACUACUGAGAGAUUCAAAAGACACAGACCACAGAGAGAGAUGUGUAAUGACCAGAAAAUGCAGCUAAACAACAACAAAAAUAGACCAAACAAUUCAGUGUCUUGCUUCUUUGAAGGAGAGGUGGUGGGGGGGGGCUUCUUCAUGCCUGUGCCCAGGGGCCCAUUGUUUCAUAAUCCGCCCUUGUCAAAAGGUUAAAAAAAAAAAAAAAAAAACAAAGCUAGAAAAACAAAAGCUGGAAAUUAUCUGUAUACCUAUCAGACAGCUCUGGUCUGAUGUGAUGUGUAGCUACUGGCAGCAGUGGUGCACACGCUGCAUAAAUAUGAGCUUAUGACACGUCUGGUUGCUUCACGCAAACGCCAGCUUGCGAGCGCAUGUUUGUGCAAUCUGUUGUUCUGCUGACGUCUACAGGAGACUGUCGUUGUUCAUGUUCCUGUGUGGAAUAUGAUACAGCAGGGAGGGGGGAAAAAAACAAUGAGACAGCGUGUGAGAGCAGUAUGGACAACAAGCUGGAGCGAGAGGCCGCGCUAUUAAUAGACAUAGUGUGAAAAUACCGAGUGCGACUGCACUAACUAACUAGCCUGUACAGGAUUCAAAUGCGCUUGCAUGUGAGGAGGCGUGCAUGGGAAGUGUGUGAGCGUCCGUUGAGUUUCUUGGGCUGUGUGAGUUAAAUGCUGGCAUGAAUCAGGACAGACACCUCUGCCCCCGUCCUCCCAUGGCUUGUCUCAUCUCAUUUAUCAAUUAAGCAUAUUCACUGCUACUGUCAGUGUGUGUGUGUGUGUGUGUGUGUGUGUGUGUGUGUGUGUGAGAGAGAGAGAGAGACCAUGAGUGCAUCCAUGUAUGUGCGCAAUCAGCCACAUCCCUUCACUCUGGCCUGCAUGAGUGUGUAUGUGCGCAUGUUUGUGUGCUGCUGUUGCCGUCUUAUCAAAUGUCUGUCAGAUAUUUGAAGCGUUCCUGUGGAGAAUGCCUACACAUUUCUGCAUGAGUCAUCCCACACUGCUCAAACA